AUGCCACUGCUUGGCUGCCAUCUGAAACGAGCUCCUUCUCACAAGGUUUUGUGUAGGUUCUGUGCAGCGAUGGGGAAACUGCAAAGCAAACUCAAACACAGUACUUACAAAUACAGCAGGCCUGACGGGAUUAUAGAGGAGAGAAUUCAAACUAAAGCUUGUCUGGAGUAUAGCCCAGCCCACGCGGGGAGUGUCUCUGUCGUUGCUGCUCUGAACUCAGACCUGUGUGUCUCUGGAGGAAAAGAUAAGACAGUGGUGGCCUAUAACUGGAAGAGCGGGGAUGUGGUGAAAAGGUUCAGAGGACAUGAACGAGAGGUCACGAAGAUAGCCUGUAUUCAUGGAUCCAGCCUGUUCUUUAGUGCCUCUCGAGACAGGACAGCCAUGAUGUGGGACCUUCGUGGCCCCGCCCAGCCAAGGCAACAGUUCUCUGGCCAUGCCAUGGUGGUCACUGGAUUGGCUGUGAGUACAGACUCGUCACAGCUGUGCACUGGCUCCCGGGACAACACCCUGCUCCUAUGGGACGUUGGGACUGGACAGUGUAUGGAGAGAGCUUCCAUCUCCAGGAACCUGGUCACUCACCUGUGCUGGGUCCCCCAAGAACCAUAUGUACUACAGACUUCUGAAGAUAAAACCAUCAGGUUAUGGGAUAGCCGGGGGCUACAGGUAGCUCACGUAUUUCCCGCAAAGCAGCAUAUUCAGACCUACUGCGAGGUCAGUGAGGACGGACACAAGUGUGUCUCCUGCAGCAACGGCUUUGGAGGGGAAGGCUGUGAAGCCACGCUGUGGGACCUAAGGCAGACACGAAACGGAAUAUGUGAAUAUAAGGGGCAUUUCCAGACUGUUGCAUCCUGUGUCUUUCUACCAAGAGCACUGGCCUCGAUGCCUAUAAUUGCUACCUCAUCCCAUGACUGCAAAGUGAAGAUUUGGAACCAAGACACUGGAGCCUGCCUGUUCACCUUGUCCCUGGAUGGAUCAGGACCCUUGACUUCCCUGGCUGUUGGUGACACCAUCUCCUUACUGUGUGCAAGUUUCAGCAAAGGAAUUCACCUGCUCAGAGUGGAGCGCAGCCGAGGGCUGGAGCUGCAGGAAGUGGCAGCCUUCUGA